GUUGUAAAUUAAGGCACAGAUCCCUCCACCCCACCCCCAGACCCGCCAAUCCAAUUGUCGACCUUUUCUCUGGAGCCAUUCUGAGAUGUCCUUUUUCGAACUCUUCACUCGAUGGAUGUGGAUGUUGUCAGGGGGAAGCCUUGUCCUGCUGCUUCUGGAGGUUCCCUUCCAAGGUGCCGCCUUGCCCCCAAUACGGUAUUCUCAUGCUGGGAUAUGUCCAAACGAUAUGAAUCCCAACCUCUGGGUAGACGCACAGAGCACCUGCAGGAGAGAGUGCGACACUGACCUGGAAUGUGAGACAUUUGAGAAAUGCUGCCCUAAUGUCUGUGGAACACGGAGUUGCGUUGCAGCCCGGUACAUGGAUGUCAGGGGGAAGAAAGGACCUGUUGGGAUGCCCAAGGAGGCAACAUGUGACCGUUUCAUGUGCAUCCAGCAAGGUUCAGAGUGUGACAUCUGGGAUGGGCAGCCUGUUUGCAAAUGCAAAGACAGGUGUGAAAAAGAGCCAAGUUUUACCUGCGCAUCCGAUGGGCUCACCUAUUACAAUAAGUGUUAUAUGGAUGCCGAAGCAUGUACCAAAGGCAUCACACUCAACGUAGUGACGUGUCGCUAUCAUCUGACGUGGCCCAAUACCAGCCCUAUCCCACUGGAGACUACAGCUCACCCUACUACUGCUUAUUUAGAGACAACGAUCACUGAUAUUCUUCCUCCCGCACUAGUCAACAACCCGGCCCAUCAAUCUGUCUACAUAGGAGAGACUGUUAGCUUCCUUUGUGACGUCACCGGGCGACCUAAGCCAGAAAUCACUUGGGAGAAGGAGACUGAGGGUCACGAGAAAAUCGUCAUGAGGCCCAAUCAUGUCCAAGGGAACAUUGUCGUCACCAACAUCGCCCAGCUGGUGAUCUACAACACACAGCUACAGGAUGCAGGCAUCUACACCUGCAUGGCCAAAAACCUUGGCGGUGUUCUCAGGGCAGAUUUCCCGUUGUCAGUCCUCAAAGGAGAAGCUAGCUCAAUGGAAGCAGCAGAGAAUAAAACCCACUUUCCAACCGACGAGUGCCUGAAGCAGCCCGACAGUGAGGACUGCGGGGAGGAGCAGACUCGGUGGUAUUACGACGCAAAGAAAAACAACUGCUUUACUUUCAUCUAUGGAAACUGCAACAGCAACCUCAACCACUUUGAGGCUUAUGAAAACUGCAUGUUGACGUGCAUGAACGGGCCCAUCAACGUUUGCAAUUUGCCGGCCCUCCAAGGCCACUGCAAAGCAUACGAGCCCCGGUGGGCAUACAACAGCCUGACCAAAGAAUGCCAGUCUUUCAUUUACGGGGGCUGCGGAGGCAACGAGAAUAACUUUGAGAGCAGAGAGGCCUGUGAAGAAAUGUGCCCUUUCCCGAGGAACAUGCAUUGUAAAGCUUGCAAGGCCUGCAAACCACGUCAAAAGCUGGUGACCAGCUUCUGCAAAAGCGAUUUUGUUAUUCUUGGCCACGUAACUGAACUGACGGAGGACCAAGACUCGGGACAUGCCCUGGUGACGGUGGAGGAGAUUCUAAAGGAUGAGAAAAUGGGACUCAGGUUCUUGGGGAGGGAGCCUCUAGAAAUUACCCUUUUAAACAUGAACUGGAGCUGCCCGUGCCCCAACAUAACUGCCGCAGACGGUCAGCUCAUCAUAAUGGGUGACGUCCACAAUGGAAUGGCUGUUUUACAGCCAGACAGCUUUGUAGGGGCCUCCAGCAUCCGGCGCGUUCGCAAGCUCCGUGAGGUCAUCCACAAGAAAACCUGUGAGCUAUUAAAAGAGUUCUUAGGACUGCACUAAUACCCUGCUUGUAUCUUGUCAGCGUUCCAAAUUUGUGCAUUAUAGAGUGCUAACAAACAGUAGGCUAGGCUGAAAACUUCCUUGAAAAAAAUCUCUGUUUGCUGAUAGAAAUUGUGUAUUGCACC